AAGAAAAAGAAACACAGAAAAAAAAAGGAAAAGAGGAACGAAGAUAUUCUUUCUUUAAAAAGUAUAAGUAAAAGAACGUUUAGAGAUCGUAUUAUAUAGUAAUGAAAUGAGUAAAGGAGGUAAAGAAAGAAAAAAAAAAAAAAUAAUAUCAAGGUCUUUGUUUCGUUGUUUGGUAUUAUCACGUCAUGGAAACGUCCCAUCUAUAAGAAACUAUUCUAUGAACCUAAGCUACAUAACUUUCGAUCAUUCUUAGUUCGUCGUGCGUCGAAUCGUACACGUGUUCUCUCACCCUUGAAUUAAACCUCCUCCAGUAUCAGAGGUAUCGCUCGAUGAUACUUUGACGCGUCCCUUCGUGUCGAUAAUAAAUCGAUUAAUUGAAGAGGCAUCUACGUCGUAUUUCGAGUAUCAGUGAUACGAUCAAUCGAUCAAUCGAGUUAGAACACGAGUAGGAAAUCAAGUUAAAUUAUUUCUCCUUCUGGGAAUAAAGAUUUCCAUCCGAGUGUAGAAAUCUUCUGAAGACUUCAUUUCAGAUAGAAAAAGUCCUGGAAACCUUCCGGUGUAUAAAAUUCCAUCGACUUUUGUCUUCCUGAGCUCGACAACUCGUUCAGUUGAAACUCGGAUCACAAGGUACAAACGCGACAAGAAUUCGUAUGCGGUUUCCAUUUCUUACCUUUUUCCAGAUUCAAAAGUUUGUCUUAAGUUAACACCUGAAGUAUAAAAAUCUCGUUUGCUCACGGUGGCCAAUGGGGAAAGUGAAAAACGUUUCGGUAUAAGUUAAAGAACGAGAAUAGUGUGAAACGAGGAAGAAAGAAGGAAAAGGGAUUCUUUUUCUAGUGAAACGGCAAGAUGCCAAUUGAUUUUUAUUACUUUCCUCUGAGUCCACCUUGCCGAAUGAUUUUAUUGCUCGGCAAAGCGAUAGGUGUGCACUUCAACUUGAUAUCGAUCAAUCCAAUGAAGGGUGAACAAAUGAAGGCAGAAUUUUUAAAGAUAAAUCCGCAGCAUACUAUACCGACUAUCGACGACAAUAAUAUCGUUUUAUGGGAAAGUCGAGUAAUAAUGCAAUAUCUUGUUGAAAAAUAUGCCAAAGACGAUACGCUUUAUCCGAAGGAUCCUAAAAAACGUGGUAUCGUAGAUCAGAGGUUAUACUUUGAUAUCGGUACAUUGUACGAGAACGUUAUCAAAUGUUAUUCUCCUAUAUUCUUGGGGAUAACGGAUACGAUCGAUGAGAACAUUUUGCAAAAAGUGGAAAGAUCUUGCGAGAUAUUAAAUACAUAUUUAGAUGGCAAUGAUUUCGUUGCCGGAGAAAAUUUAACCAUUGCCGAUUUUAGCAUAUCGACGAGUAUCGUUUUCUUACAGAAUUUUGAUUUCGAUAUUGGUCGUUACGAUAAUUUGACUGCUUGGUACGAUCGAUGCAAAACCGCAAUGGAAAAAUUUGGUUUCGAGGAGAUUCACGCAGCUGGAAAUAAAGUAUUCAACGAAGGUUAUCGCGCUAAUUUGGCAAAGUAGUUUAAUUCAGUGAAAUAGUUAAGCAGACGUAAAUAUUAAGUUUAUUUGCCAAUCGAAAUUAAACAUAAUUCCUCGUCCUCGUACAUUUAGUUGUCGCGUAUCAUAAAGAAAAA